CUCCCUGAACUGAUAUUUGUCUCCUAGGACCUCCUCGCUCCAUGUAUCCCUCAGACCCUGCAGGAGAGGAGGAGAGGAAGAGGAUGAGUGGAGAGCGGAUGGGUCUGACCUGCCUGGACCGAGACAGAGAGGCCUACAUCAGGGAUAAUAAGGAUCCAGUGGACUUCACAAGGAUCCAUCCGUCCAACAGCUGUCACGGUGACAUCACCUCUCACCUCAUGGUGCCGGGUGGGACUUCCCUACAAUCUGGCCAAUUAGGAGACCCCUCUGCACAUGCACACGCCCACUCGGCCCACCACCAUUGGCUGCCGAGCACUGGAAGUCCCUCUAUCUGGAUGACAAGCCACUCCUACGGAAUCGGCCACUCAGCCCUUCACCAGAACCUCGCCCCAGGGUUUUCUGCAGCCAUGCCAGGGUCUCUACAGCCUGUGCUGCCUCUGCCUCAGGACCCGUCUACCCAGCUGGUGGUGCUACCCACAGAGCCUGCUGCCCACCCUGUCACACAUCACCUGGAUGUGAUGGAGCAGCCUGGGCUGUGGCCCCCAGUGUACGGAGCCCGAGGGCCCUCCUCCCACAUACACCCACAACACCCCGCUGUGUACUCCCGCUCGCAGUUUCUACGGCAACAGGAGCUGUACGCUCUCCAGCAGCAUCAACAGCAUCAUCAUCUGCAGCAGCAGCAUCAACACCAACAGCAACAGAGUCACCAGUCUCACCCCCAGUCACAACCCCAGUCACAACCCCAGUCACAGCCCCAGCCACAGCCCCAGCCACAACCACAGCCCCAGCAGCACCACAGGGCAGCACAGACCAUGGAGCUUCAACACAGACCCAACCACACCCAGGUGCAGAAGAGACCAGAGUCAGUGGAGCUGGAGGAGCUGCUCUCUGAGCCACCAGGUUCUAAACCUUCCAAACCCUACUCCUCCUACCACAGAAACACCCCCACCCCGGGGGCCUGCACUGCUCACCUGUCCCCCUGCUGCCAGUCCCAGUCCCCCACCCUGCGCCCCCACCCUAAGAGCACCCCAUCCACCCCCUGCCCCGCCCCUAGCCCGGCAGCCGCCGCCCCUCGGUCUCCGGAAAUCAGUCCCGCCCCCCCACAGCUGCCAAAAGGGACGGAGACCCAGGACAAGAGAGGAGAGGGACAGCCCCUGCAGGAUUACCCACAAUCCCUGGAGCCUGACUUGCCUCCUGGAUACACCUACCCUGCCAUCGCCAUGGGUUACAGGAGCUGCACAUCGCCCCACGAUGUCCGAUUGGCCGAGCCAGCUGACCUGGAGGCGGUUCAGGCGGAGCCUGCUGAGAAUGCUCCCCAGCCUCUCUCCAGCCUAGGGGCGGAGCUAGAGUGUCAGGCCAUGGUGAGGCCCCUCCCACACCAGGAAGUGGAGGAGGAAGAGGAGGGGCAAAAGGAAGAGGAGGUGCAGAGAGAGGAGAUGGAAGCCAGAGUAGCAGCAGGCAGCUGUGGACCUCCAGAUCAGGAGCAUAGGGAGGAGCAGGAGGAGGAGGUGUCAGUGUGUCCUCCUGCGGAGAGCCGUGUGUGUGACACCGCCUCCGAGGAGGAGAACCACAGAGAUGACCCCACCUCCACCCUGGAGGAGCAGGAGGAGGAAAAGUGCAAGGUGGAGAGAGGACAGCAGCAGGAGGUGGCAGGAGAACAGGAGGAGCAGGACUCCACCAUCAUCGACCUGGACCCUCCCUGCCCUGCCCAGCCCCAUCAGGAGGCACAUACCGAGGAGGAAGAGGAGGGAGGAGAGGAGGAGAGUACUCCUAAUGAUGACAACCACUCAGUAGAGUUGGUGUGCCUCUCCCCCUCCUCUCCCUCUCUGUUCCCCAGCCAGUCUAUCAUCACCCUCUCCACCCCCCUGAAACCCAUUGUGCCUAGUUACUGGAGCCUAGAGCUGCUGAUCGCUGCAGCCUUCUGUGCCGACGUCCCUCCGUUUCCCAUGCUGGCCUCCAGCACCCUCCAGCCCCAGGCCUGUGACACCCAUCCCUGCCCCAGCCACCCCCACCACGGCAUGGAGCUGCUCAGCGAGCUGGCCGACCUGGAGCUCCAACAGCACCGACACAACACAGGAGACAGCCAAGGAGAGGAGAUGUUGAUCUUUGACCUCCAGAGUCUUGCCACCCUGGCAGCAGCCCGUGCCUUGGAGCUGGGUGCCCAGGAGGGUAGCGGGGAGGGUGCCGGGCGGCACUACCCGGCCCGCAAGACCCUCAACCUGCGCAGGAAAUACAGCUGGACACCUCGCCACGAACCGGCAUGCCCGGCCAAGGGCACCAUGGAGAGGAUGGAGGGUCCGGAGCUGGCCAUGCGGGUGAAGCUGGCAGAGCUCCAGAGGCGCUACAAAGAGAAACAGAGGGAGUUAGCCAAGCUACAGAGGAAGCAUGACCACCAGAAGGAGGAAACACCUCGCAGCCCUGCUCGUAGAGGACCGGGGCGGCCCAGGAAACGUAAAUCAACCCCCGCCGCUGGCCCAGGCUCCUCCUCUGAGACCCAGAGGAAAGUCAAGUCGUUAGGGGCGGGACUUGGCCUGUCGCCCGAGGACCUGCUGGGAGGAGGGGGUGGGGACGCCCAGAGGAAGAAGAAGAAGCUGUCCAAUCGGGGCUUUGAGCAGCUCGGCGCGGCAGAGAUAAAAGUGCAUGGCAGUAGCAGAAAGAGUGUCCUUCACGGUGUCCUCAGCUCUAAGCUGGCCCGUGACGUGGCCCAUCAGCAGCUCAGACAGCACAAGGCCCAGGGCGGGAAGAGGACUGGGAUGGGGGCGGGACCACGGGAUAAGGAGGAGUCGGCCUCUGCAGCUAGUUCUGCCCCAAAGCACCAUGGACAUCGAGGCCAGGCCACCUCCAAGGCCGAGUCCAGACGAGUCAUCAACGAGUCCGGCGGUCAGAGUGACACAGCAGCCAGUGCAGACAGCGGCGGCCAGGAGGGCUGGACAGGGACCCCGCUGAUGAUGCGUGGGGGCAGGAGGAAAGGGAUGGGGGGAGCUCUUGGGGUCCAGGGAUCCACACGGCUGCAGCAGCCCAGGGCCAGGGUCCUCCGAGCCAGGAGUCAGGAAGCCAUGGAGGGGGGAGAGACCUCCCCUACAGAGAGUGAAUCCUCCAACCAGGAAGACGAAGAAGAGGAAGGAAGUUAUGACAGUGACGAAGGACAAGACAUCAAAGCACAACCCUCCCGAGACAUCUCUUCAUGCUCCACUGUGACUGGUCCCUCCCCCUCGUCUGUCGUCAAGCUGGAGGCCAAUCAGAAAGCACGAAACAAAAAAGAGAGGCAGGAGCUUUACGGUUCCCAGAGUUUGUCCGGGGCAGAGGGAGAGGUGAAGGUGAGGAAGAGGGCCCCCUGUAGGCUUGGCAUGGUCACUGCAGCCAAGAAGCACCCAGAGUAUCAGGACCAGUCAGAGGGGAUGAGGAGGGCCGGCGGACCCAGGUCCCAGGAGCCUCGCCGGGAGAGCCUAGGGACCCGGGGCAGCCUCUACCGGAGGACCAUGGGGCCGGUCACCUUCCCCACCACCAGUGAGAGGCUGAAGAGGGCCACACGCAAGAGCACCAUGCUGAGGGGACCCAUUAACAAGAGGAGAAGUUGCUGGUCAGGCGGUGUCCAAUCACCUCAGAGUGACGACAACAGUUGCAGGGGGAGGAGGAUCCGAAACAAACAGCCCAAGGGCCGUGCAGUGAGCCGUCUACUAGAGAGCAUGGCGGCGGACGAGGGCUUUCAGAUGGAUGAGGAUGAUAGCAGCUUCUCAGAGGGGGAUGAGGACAGUAACCCAUCAUACCAUCACAACCCCAGGAGUCCACUAGCAGCCCCCAGCUGUGUCCUGACCAGACAGCUGCUGACAGAUGGACUCAGGGUGCUGAUCUCCAAGGAGGAUGAACUUCUCUACGCAGCCCGGGUCCACACACUGGAGCUGCCAGACAUCUACAGCAUUGUUAUUGACGGGGAGAGAGGAAACCGCCCCAGAAUCUACUCACUGGAGCAACUGCUGCAGGAAGCGGUCCUGGAUGUGCGUCCAGAGACAGAGUCGGUGCUCUCUGAGGGGAUGAGGGUGUGUGCCUACUGGAGCGAACGCUCUCGCUGCCUAUACCCAGGCAACAUACGCCAAGGUGGUUCAGGGGAGGAGGGGAAGCAGGGAGGUGUAAUGGUGGAGUUUGAUGACGGAGACAGGGGGAGGAUCUCCCUCCUAAACAUCCGCCUCCUCCCCCCGGGCUACCAGAUCCACUGUGCGGAGUCGUCCCCUGCCCACCUGGUGUCUAGCGGCCGGGCGGCUCGGAGGAGCUUCAGUCUGGAAAAAGCCCCCCUGAGUGAGAGAGUCUCGGAGAGACAGGCCAGCACAGAGCCUGUCAGGAGACGACCAGGGAGACCCAAAGGUUCAGGGAAAAAGAAGAACCUGUCAGACAGCACCAAUAAGAACGCAGCCCCUCUGCUCAGCUGGCCGGCUGUGGCCGUCCCCAGGAAGAGGGCCUGUGAAAAUCUGUUCCAGCUCAACGGGACUCCCAGGAAGGCCCUGAGGGGGACGAGGGAGGCGCACCUGUUCCCCCUGCCCCCGGCCCCUGUCUCUACCCCGACCAAGGGUCUGUUCAGCAGCAGCUCCUUCGAGGUUGACUCCUUCAGCAGCAUCGCUAACGGCUACUCCUCCUUCUGUAGCACCCAGCCCACCGGCAUGUCCCUGGGUUCCAGGACCGGGCCCUAUGUCCAGAGACGGAGGCCCGGCGAGGUGCCGCGGAGCAGCAGGAAGAGCAGUCAGGAGUUCCUGGUCAAACUGGAUCACGAGGGGGUGACUUCACCCAAGACGAAGAACAGCAAGGCCCUGCUACUGCUGGGCGGUGGCUCUGGGUUCGGGGCCAAAGGCGUGGGCGGCCUCCCCAGGCCUGAGGCCUACUCCCACCCAGUCCUGCUGGUCAAGGACAACAGGAAGGGAGUUUCUGCCUCGAGGGCUGAGCUCCUCCUUAAGGGUGCCCCUCCUCCACAGAGGAAGGCUUCUCCCUCCCUGGCUAUGGGGGAGUACGGUGUCGGCGAGCUUGGUCUCAGCUGCCAUCGGGACUGCCACAGCUCCUACUCGGACCUGGACAACGAAGAGGAGGAGGAAGAGGAGGAGAGGAGGAGGAGAAGGGGGGCUGCACUGGCCACAGCAGCCUCUGGAGGACUGAGGACGGCAGGAAGCUUUCUCUCGCGCCUCUCCGUCUCAUCCUCUUCCUCUGGUUCCUCAAGUUCGUCCAGCUCAGGCUCCAUGUCCAGUUCCAGCCUGUGCUCCUCGGAUAACGACUCGUCCUACAGCUCGGAGGAUGAGGAGAGCUCCACGCUGCUGCUACAGAGCUGCCUGUCCUCUCACCAUGGCCUGCUGCAGUCCCCUGAGCCCCCGGCUGCAGCCGGACCCCACCAGGGCCAACAGUCCUUCGUGGCCAAGGCUGUGGCCGUAUCCAACACCAAGGGAGGAGGAGCCACCAACGACCACAGUGCCAACAACAAGCUUCUCAAAAGGAAGGAGUGUAGCAGCUCAUCCCCCUCCAAACCCCCCAGAGACCUGGUGAAGAGGCAAAGGGUUAUCCCCGGUGAUGCAGGACCAAGACCCAAGAUGAACACGUUCCUACCGGGAAGACAGAUGUGGAGGUGGUCGGGGAACCCCACUCAGAGGCGGGGGCUGAAGGGGAAGUCCAGGAAGCUGUUCUACAAGGCCAUCGUACGGGGAAGGGACACGGUGCGAGUGGGCGACUGUGCCAUGUUCCUCUCUGCCGGCCGGCCCCACCUACCCUACGUGGGCCGCAUCGAGAACUUCUGGGAAUCCUGGAGCGCCAACAUGGUGGUGAAGGUCAAGUGGUUCUACCACCCAGAGGAGACCAAGUUGGGCCAGAGGCACCGCGACAGCAAGCACGCUCUGUAUCAGUCGUGCCACGAGGACGAGAAUGACGUCCAGACAAUCUCCCACAAGUGCCAGGUGGUGAGCCGCGAGGAGUAUGAGCACAUGGCCCGCGGCCAGAAACCCAGCAGCAGCGUGACCACCCAAGGCCUGUACUAUCUGGCUGGCACCUAUGACCCCACCAGUGGUCAACUGCUCACUGCUGAGGGGGUGGCCAUCGUCUGCUGAGCUGAGGACAUCUUGUCCUAAGGAUACUACUGAACCACCCAUCUGAUGGGAAAUGAAGGUGAAGGUCCCCGCAGCUUUGCCUGAAGGACCCCUGGUCUGACUCAGUCCGUAGGAGGGUUCCCAGAUGGGUCAGUCCUGGAGGAAGUGAAGGUCAAGGUGCCUGUGGCUUUGCCUGAAGGACCCAUGGACUGACUCAGUCCGUAGGAGGGUUCCCAGAUGGGUCAGUCCUGGAGGAAGUGAAGGUCAAGGUGCCUGUGGCUUUGCCUGAAGGACCCAUGGCCUGACUCAGUCCGUAGGAGGGUUCCCAGAUGGGUCAGUCCUGGAGGAAGUGAAGGACCCCUGGCCUUAGUCAGUGCUGACUAGUGGUGGACGUCAGGGCCAAGGCAGGGCUGUCCCCUGUCUACACUGGAUAUCUCAACACACAUGGCUGCUAGACUGGGGUGUAGUUAGAAGAAGGGGAGGGGGUAGCCAUUCACAGCAGUGAACCCCAUUCUGCUCCCAUCCUCACUGGGUAACUGAACACAAGGAUCUGGGUCCUGAACAACCACAAUCCAGGAGGUCAAUGACACCCGACUGACUUUCCAUUGGUCCAACUUAACAUCUCUUUAGUUUAGACUGAGGAUGGCAUGUUUGAGGGACUGUUUCACACCUCAUCUUUACACCACUCACCCAUCAUAGGUCACCAAAUUAGAGCUGAACAUAGGUUUGGAUUGGACAGCUCAAGGCACCAUUAGGUCGCUCCGGACCAGGCCUGUGGUUGCCUCAUUUCAGCUGAGUGAGUGAGUGAGUGAGGUAUGGGAUGUACACUCCAUAGUUCGUCUUCAUGAUUCCAGGGAUGAUAAAAUAUGUAUAAGAUAUCCAUGAUAAAGAUGUAAAUAUUUGGAAUGAUUUUUCCAGUCAAGCCAUACACUUCAGUACCUCUUGUCUCUCUUAUGGAUCAGGUGUAUACUGUACAGGUCAGUUAUCUGUUCUUUUUGUUGUUGUUGUCUAUAUGUAUAUAACAACUAUUUUAUAUACAAGUAUAUAUGAAAGGUAUCUUUCCAUGUUUUUUUAUUGAUUUAUUUUUCUAUGAGGGGUGAAUAUGGCUCUUUGUGUUUUUCUUUGGGACGAUGAGCUUAAGAUGUAAAAGUGUUGCACUACACAUGACCUGCUGAGACAGACAGACAGACAGACAGACAGACAGACAGACAGACAGACAGGCAGGCAGGCAGGCAGGACAGGCAGGCAGGCAGGCAGGCAGGCAGACAGCAGGACAGGC